GCUGUGUCGUUGCUCUGCGAGUUGUGGGAAUCGCUGCUAGAGGCAGACGUUGUCAGCUUCAACUCUGGAAUCAGCGCGUGCGAAAAGGGCGGACGGUGGCAGCAUGCGCUGUCCUUGCUCCGUCGGAUACGUGAAGUGGAGCUGCAGGCGAACUCGAUAAGCUACAAUUCUGGAAUCAGUGCGUGCGAGAAGGGCGAGAAGUGGCCUCAGGCGUUGUGGCUGCUCCGCGAACUGCAGGAGGCAGCGCUAGAGGUGGACGUGAUCGGCUGCAAUGCUGGAAUCAGCGCGUGCGGGAAAGGCGGGCAGUGGCAACGGGCGUUGCAUCUACUCCGCGGUUUGAGUGAAGCUGAGCUGGAGCCAGACGUGAUCAGCUUCAACUCUGGAAUCAGCGCGUGCGACAAGAGCGGGCAGUGGCAGCGGUCGUUGCUGCUGUUCCAUGAGAUGAUAGAAGCGGUGCUGGAGGCAACCGCGAUCAGCUACAAUGCUGGAAUAAGUGCGUGCGAGAAAGGCGGGCUGUGGCAAGGUGCGCUUUGGCUGCUCGGCGAGCUGUGGGGAACGACGUUGAGGCCAGACGUAAGAUCUGUCUACAAUGCGUUGCCGCAGGAGCUCCAGGCACUGGCAUUGGUGACGCUCCCCCUUCUGGGUGGCAGCUGUUCUAUUCGUCAUUCCCCUCGCGGAUGGCUCUCCUCGGCUCCUCUCCGUCGCUUUGCGAUGCGUUUUGUGCAGCAGCGCUCGGGAUAUUAUGACACACAGCGUGUUUUAAGCUUCAGUCAACACAUCGACUUGUCGGCUUACCUCCGAGAGCCCUCUCGAGAGACCCCAGGAAGCGUCCAUGAGGACUCCGUCCGACCCAAAACCCAAGCACGGUGGCGGGAUGGGGCGACGGCUAUUUGAUAGCUGGCAUACGCGCCGCGUCACGACUUUCGAUGCUGCGCACCUCUUCGAAAAACUCCCAGGGAGCGGCCGGCGAUGCGCCGCCGGCGUCCUCGAUUCUGGAGGUUUUGACCCGACCCUGGCGCUUCCUGCCAGGCACGCUGACAGAGUGGUCUCGCACGGCCCAACCCGCAGGGCGGGAGCGGCCAGAUCUGAAGGGAUUCGCCUUCUGCCGCCGGCCCCCGCCCAUGCGGAGCUAGCAUGGGAAUCUACUGGGGUCUAGGGGUUCCGCUUCUGUCAGCUACAAUGCUGGAAUCAGCGCGUGUGAAAAAGGUCAGCAGUGGCAGCAUGCUCUUUGCUUGAUUUCUGAAUUGCGGAACGUAGACUUGGAGCCAGAUGUCAUCAGUUACAACGCCGGAGUCAGUGCAUGCGAGAAGUGCGAGGAAUGGCAGCAGGCGCUGCUGUUGGUCAGUGUAAUGUCGGAGACGGAGUUGCGUCCAGACGUAAUCACUUACAGUGCUGCGGUCAGUGCAUGUGAAAAAGGUGGGCAGUGGGAGCAAGCGCUGCACAUUCUCAGCGAAUCGCUGGAAGUAAAGUCGUCGCCUAACACUCUGCUCUACAGCGCUGGAAUCAGCGCGUGCGAGAAAGGGGGGCGCUGGCAGCCCGCCUUGGGGUUGCUCGACGAGCUGCUGCAAGCGAAGCUGGAGGCAGACGUGGUCACGUACAACGCUGCAAUCAGUGCGUGCGAGAAAGGGCGGCAGUGGCAGCGGGCCCUGCUGCUGUUCGAGGAGCUGCGCGAAGCCAGGCUGGAGGCAAGCUUGAUUAGCUACAGCGCGGGGAUCAGCGCCUGCGAAAAGUGCGGGCGGUGGCGCCUGGCGCUGCUGCUGCUCGGCGAGCUGUGGGAGGAGAGGCUGACGCCCAACACCAUCUCGCUGGCCCGGUACCCCGGCGCUGACCCCUCGCUUCUUGGGAGUUCCAUGUUUGCUUCCGCGGCCCGUGGCCAGGUCGAAAGCUGCAGCGACUGAGACUGGUGAUAGAGAUGCCCUGG